AUGGCCGACCCAGAUCCCCGUACGGAGUCGGGGAGAUUCGCGGAGAAGUGCGAAUGCAAGCAUUGCUACUUCAUAAAGCGGAUAUUGAUACCAGAGAUGGUCCACGGUCGUUAUUUCUGCGAGCCUGGGUCUAGAGAGUUCGUCGAGCUCGAUUCCGUCGACGACGUGGAGCACCUAGACCGGAACAGCGAGAACGCGAUACGUCGGGUGACGGCGCGCGUUAAGUUCUCCGGCGUAACGUGCAGCUUUCCUCUUAUUAUCAAACUGCUCGAACAUUCGGAAACUGCACCGUCCGGCCCGUUCUUGAACGAGGAGAUGUUUUACAGCAAGAUGACGCUUAACUACGGAACGGACGGCGUUCCGAAGUGUUACGUGUCCGAUCUAGGUCGAUUCGAUUGUCAGGCCGUUAUCGUAUUGGAAGAUCUUACCGCGAGUGGUUACGCACAGGUAGAUGAAAAAUUGGACGAGGAUCACUUGAAAUUGUGCAUGAAGGCUCUGGCGACGUUUCACGGCAAGGGAUUGAAAUUGAAGGCCGAUCAGUUUCCUAUUUUCAGGGAGUUCUAUGCGAAACUGUACGAACCGAUUGACUGGUUACACCUUAAUACAAGCCCUGGCGGCGUCAGAACAUCUAAAGUUGCGAUGAGAUCAUCGUUAGAUAAUCCUGAACGUUCGGACGCUUCGUUAGACUCCGUAUUACCAGUCGAGGCAAUUCUCUCCGAGAAAAUAAGAGCCAAGCAAAGCACAAUGACCAAACUCGAGUUUAACGAUCUUUGGACCGUCUGUCAUGGUAAUUUCACGCGGAGUAACUUGUUGUUCAAGUACGAAGAUGGAUGUCUAAGUGACGUAAAAAUAAUUGAUUGGAGCACAAUGACGUACUGCUCGCCGUCGAUCGAUUUCGGUCACGUUCUUCUCGAAAAUCUGCCCGACGACAAUAAUCUGCCAGAGGUCGAAACGUUUUGCCAGAAGAUGUUGAAGAUUUAUUUGGAUGCUGUGGAAGAUGAGUAUUCCGAAGUGGAUCGCGAACUUUUGGAACGAGACAUUAUCGCCACCUUGCCGUUUGCGUACGGCAUGAUUGACAAUCGGAGGAAAACAGGGGUGAUGUUGCAUGCACUCGAUCAGUUAGGCAGUUUCGAUUAA